ACAUAUAAGACUGUAUUCUAAAAUUUUUCCCUUGGUCACACAUAGGCCACAACUGUGUAACCUGGACUACAAAAGACUUGGAAAACAAAGGCAAGCACAGGAUUUUGAAAUCGUAACGUACACCAGUUGGCUUGUUCAAAAUUAAUAUAAAACUACGUUUUUUUUAGUAGUUUUUUUUUUCAAAUAAAAAAAACGUUUUUAUAUUUGUCAUAGUCAUCACCUUAGCCUUAUCAAUUAUUAAAGCAAUCCACUCUUGUACAUACAUAUUUAUAUUUGCAGCAUCUCAGGAUCUGAAAUCCCGGGAAACGAUAACGUUUGAUUCUUUCCAAGGCAAAAAUGGAUGAGCUCAAGCUAAAACCAGCAAACUCGUCUCCUCUCACCCCAUUAACUUUCUUGGAAAGGGCAGCAAUUGUCUAUGGUGAUUGCCCCUCUAUCAUCUACAACAACACCUCUUACACCUGGUCGCACACCCACCGUCGAUGUCUCCAGCUCGCUUCCUCUCUUUCAUCCAACGGCUUCACCCGCGGCCACGUCGUUUCCGUUAUUGCUCCCAAUACUCCCGCCAUGUACGAGCUUCAGUUCGCCGUUCCCAUGUCCGGUGCUGUCCUCAACAACAUCAACAGUCGCCUGGACGCGCGUACCAUCUCCAUACUCCUGCGUCACAGCGAAUCAAAGCUCGUCUUCGUUGAUUGCUUGUCACGUGCUGUUAUCCUUGAAGCUAUCUCUUUGUUUCCACCUAACUCUCCACGCCCUGCCCUCGUCCUCAUCACCGAUGAUGAUCAGGCACCAGAGUUAUCAUCACCAUCAUCACUGACCGAUGAUUUUUGUUGUACGUACGAAAGCAUGGUGGAGAAGGGUGACCCGGCGUUCAACUGGGUUCAGCCUCAAAGCGAGUGGGAUCCGAUGGUUUUGAACUAUACAUCAGGUACUACCUCAUCUCCUAAAGGUGUGGUACACUGCCACAGGGGGGUUUUCAUCGUAACCGUUGAAUCCCUGAUUGAUUGGAGUGUUCCAAGACAGCCUGUUUAUUUGUGGACCCUUCCAAUAUUCCACGCCAAUGGAUGGAGCUUCCCGUGGGGCAUAGCUGCGGUUGGUGGGACCAACAUCUGUCUUCGUAAAUUCGAUGGCCCUACUAUCUUCGGCAUGAUCAAGAGACACGGUGUCACUCACAUGUGUGGAGCACCUGUGGUGCUAAACAUGCUAACUAACUCUCCCAAUAAUGAACCACUCAGGAACCCAGUCCAGAUUCUGACCGCUGGAGCUCCACCGCCAGCCACCGUGCUAUUCCGAACAGAGUCGCUGGGUUUCUUGGUGAGUCAUGGAUACGGGUUAACUGAAACGGGAGGACUCGUGGUGUCGUGUGCUUGGAAACCGAAGUGGAACCAGUUGCCAGCAAGCGAGAGAGCUAGACUAAAGGCAAGACAAGGAGUGAAGAUUGCUGGGUUCACAGAGAUAGACGUGGUGGAUCCGAAGACAGGAGCCAGCGUGAAGAGAGAUGGGUUAUCAAUCGGCGAAAUAGUUCUGAGAGGUGGGUGUGUGAUGUUGGGUUAUCUCAAGGACCCAGAAAGCACGUCAAAAUGUUUGAAAGAUGAUGGUUGGUUCUAUACCGGAGACGUGGGGGUUAUGCACCCAGAUGGGUAUUUAGAGAUUAAAGAUCGAUCCAAAGAUGUGAUCAUUAGCGGUGGAGAGAACAUAAGUAGUGUGGAGGUUGAGUCUGUGUUGUACACCAAUCCGGCCGUGAAUGAGGCAGCUGUGGUGGCUCGACCAGAUGAGUACUGGGGGGAGACACCGUGUGCAUUUGUGAGUUUGAAAGAAGGGUUGAAUCAGAAACCAAGCGAGAAGGAUAUAAUUGAUUUUUGUAGGGAAAAAAUGCCGCAUUAUAUGGUGCCAAAAACUAUUGUGUUUAAAGAUGAAUUGCCUAAGACUUCAACUGGGAAGAUAAAGAAGUUUAUGCUGAGAGAAAUUGCCAAAUCCAUGGGGUCUUCAAGAGUGAGUCGAAUGUAGAGUUGAAUCGGCCGAGUUUGAGGCAGGGAUUUGAAUUUAUGUGGCAAUUGUGGUCUUGUCUUAUUUGUUCACAUUUUCAAACCAAUUGCUAUCUGUUGGUUGCGUACGUAAUUUGGCAUGCCAGAAUUACUCUUAUGUUCUAAUGCAGAGAUCCAGUAGUUGUAGUUGAUGUGAUGAUAAGCUACUACCAAGUACCAAUUAUCAUCAAUUGAUAAUUGUGCUUGUGAUA